AUGAGGUUCUCCGCUGUAGCCCUGGUUAUCUCUCUUGUGAACGCUAGUGUCACGGAGGGAGGGAACUAUGCGGUUUCCGAGGCCUCCUCAGAGAACGACACAAAGGACCAAAGCAGACUCAUCCCUGGUAGCUACAUCAUCGAGUUUGCACCGGGUUCCGCUCAGCGUCGUGAUGGCAUUGGGGCGACGGAAGGCAUCACAGUUGUCAAGACGUUCGAUAGCAUCGUCUUCUCGGGGGCUAGCAUUGAGACGAACAGGUAUAACCAGGACUCACUACAAAGCCUACCCAAUGUCAUUCGCGUGUGGCCCAAUUUAGUCGCUCAGCUACUCCCCACAGAGACUACAUCAUCUGUCGCCGGCUCGGUAAGCGAUCAAGGCUACUCAACGCACAAUGCGACGGGCGUGGCAAAACUACACGCCCAGGGCAUCUUUGGAAAGGGGGCCAAGGUUGGAAUUGUAGAUACCGGCGUUUGGUAUACGCAUCCUGACCUCGGUGGCGGAUUCGGUCCUGGAUUCAAGGUUGCAGGUGGCUACGAUUUCGCGGGCAACGGACUUUGGCCAUAUUCCGGUGAGAAGGAGCCGGAUGAUGACCCACUCGACCAAACCGGUCACGGCACUCAUGUCGCAGGAAUUGUCGCGGGCAAGGGUUCUGGGUGGUCUGGAGUCGCUCCUGAGGCCAGCCUCUAUUCCUACAAGAUUUUUACCCAGGAUAGCUUCACUGAUACGGCAACAAUUCUCGAGGCAUUCCUUCGUGCCUUCGAUGAUGGGGUUGACAUUAUCACGGCUAGCGUGGGUUCCAACUACGGGUGGUCGACAGAUGUCUGGGCUGAAAUUGCCAGCCGAUUCGUCGAGGAAGGUGUCUUCGUUACCGUCGCCUCAGGCAAUGUUGGCACGAUCGGCCCCUUCGUAAGCAGUAGGGGGGCAACUGGCAAGAAUGUAAUCGCUGUGGCAUCAGUCGAUUCACAAACUUUCCCCGGAUUUCCAUUUAAUGCAAAAUUCACGGGAGACCAGGGGAUUGCUGAUGAGACCGCUCGCUACGGUUAUAUUCCUUCCAUCGACCCGUUCCCAGCCACCCUAGUUGAUGUACCUAUUGUUCCCUUCUCCCUCGACACAAAUGCUAGCGCCGACGCAUGCGCGCCGCUAGAGGAAGGCUCACGAAACUUUACGGGUCAAGUUGUGCUUGUAAGGCGAGGUGUAGCUACGCAGUGUGAUUUUGACACGCAGCAGAAUAACCUUGCCCCUCUGGGCGGCACGAUGGUGUUGAUCUACAACAAUGAUCAGCCUCUUCGAUAUCCUCUUGUUGGCUACACCAACAGCACUGUCGCUCUGAUAUCAGCUUAUUCCGGCACCCAGAUUGUGGAGGCCGUCAAAGCCGGUCGCAAUGUCACGGCUGAUUUCUCUGUCGAUGCUGGCCAGCCAGUUGGGCUAGCCUACUCAUUAGGCGGGGACCCCAAUUACUUUACCAACAUCGGUCCCUUGUACGACCUUCAGAUAAAACCAGAUAUUGCAGCUCCGGGAGGGAAAAUAUAUAGUACUUGGCUCGACAAUAGCUACGCAAUUGAGAGCGGCACAUCCAUGGCCACUCCGUAUGUAGCUGGCGUCGCCGCGCUCUACGUCGGCGUUUAUGGUGGUAGGGGCACACAUCCAAGUGCCAAUGCAUGGGCCAAAGAUCUAGGCAAGCGCAUUAUCUCUAGUGGUAUCGGGCUGCCUUGGGCUGAUGGCUUGACGGAAAAGGACUACGGCCAUUCCGCCAGCGUAGCCCAGAUCGGCAAUGGCUUGAUCGAUGCAUCUAAGGUGCUCCUGUACAAGACUACGAUUGACUUUGAGAAGUUUGCUCUUAACGACACGCACCACUUCAGCCGAUACCACGAUAUCAAGAUCACUAAUAACGGCGAGGACGCUACUACCUAUAACUUCUCUGUCCAGGAUGCUGUUGGCGCUGAGGUACUCGGCUGGUACGCAGCUGACCAGGUCCUUCUCAACUCUGCUCCUCGAACCAAGCGAAUUCGCGAGUUCUUCGACAUGGUGCCACAAACACUCGUGCCCGAUAUCAAGUUUCCCAAGCCCUUCACACUUGAACCUGGCCAGAGCAAGACGGUCACAGUUAGCUUCGGCAAUCCUGAGACAUUGGGCUGGAAUUCCACGGGACUGCCGCUCUACAGCGGACGUAUCACAGUCUCCAGUAGUAACCAAGAGUAUUUGUCGGUGCCCUAUCUAGAUGCUCAAGACUUCCCAAAGAUCAUCAGUAAGCCAAUUUAUGGAACGGCGGAAGUCCGCUUUGAUGUUUUCGAGGCUGAUUGGAAGGAGCGUGAAUGGAAAUACCCUCCAGUUCCCGGACAAAAUGGCUACAUCGGACCGGUGGCAUCUUGGGUCGGAUCUGGCCUAGUUAGUCGCAUCAACACUGACUAUUACGACCCUAAUGACACAUUUACGUAUCCCAUUUACUACAUCAAUCGCAAUGGAGCCUACGAACAGGACCAGCAUUGGUGGUUUGGAAAACUAGGCAACGGAAGCCAGAUUGCCGUUGGUAACUAUACACUCCGCUUUGCCUUGUUGAAGCCAUUUGGAAAUCCCACUCACUCGGACAACUGGGAGAUUCUGAAACUCCCCCAGAUAUCUGUCCUAGGACAGUACUAA